AUGAAACGGUUUACUAGUAUUCGCAGAGAUAAACGGAAAUCCGCAGACAUGGCGUCCCCCCAGGUCUCGGCCGCCCCAUCGAGGCAGACGACGAUGGCUAGCAUAGCUAGCGACGAGGCUGUUCCCGAGACGGAUCCGAACACCACCGCCGGCCUCCUCACCGAGAGGCUGCAGGCGUGGAAGCAUGCCGUCGUCUACCUGGAGGAGUACAUGGAGGCCGUCGAGAAGAUCCACAAGGCGCAGGCAAAGGAGUAUGAACGGGUGUUGAAGGUGCAUUUGGCUCUCAUCAACACCAACCUCGAAACCGAAAAGAACAUCAAGGGCUCAGCCCUGCCGAUCGUCGAGCGCUUGCAUAAGGAGAUCAAGCACAAGGCUAAGGAGCUGGCCCACGGCGCCGAGAAGAGCGCCAAGGAGGUCGAGAAGGCGCGCAACACCACCCAGAAGCACAUCGAGCUGCUCGGCCAGCACACGGCCUCGUUCGAAGCCACCGGCGGCAAGCACAACCCCUCGGAGACCCACACUCGAGACUUCGAGCGCCACAUCAUCAGUGUGCACAGCCAUGAGACUCACGGUUUCACGGUGGCCAGGCUCAAGGCAGGCUGCACAGACAUGCUGGGGGCGGCGCAGAGCGUGCCGCUCGACUUCGAGUGGAAGGCGUUCGUCAAGCGGUCGGCUGACAAGCUCAUCAACGCGUCGGACCCACCACGGACGGUGGAGGCGAUCCAGUUCCCCAACAUGGGCCACCCAUCGACCAAGCCACUCCUCGAGGGCUCGCUAGAACGCAAGAGCCGCAACAAGCUCUCAUGGGGCUACACGACGGGCUACUACGUCAUCACCCCCUGCAAGUUCCUGCACGAGUUCAAGGACGACGACAACGUGCGGCGCGACCCCGUCCCAGAGCUAUCCAUCUACCUACCCGACGCCGUCAUCGGCGCCCCCAGCGGCGACAAGUUCAACGUCAAGGGCAAGGACCGCUCCGGCGGCAUGGGCGGCCGCCUCGCCGGCACCUCGGAGCUUGCCUUCAAGGCCCACUCCCCCGCCGAGGCCGAGAAGUGGUUCAACGUCAUCCGCGGCGCCGCCGGCGCCACGGGGCCCGCCUCCGCCCUGUCCAGCCCCACCAGCCCAACCAGCCCCGCCGGCAGCAUGAGCCUGGCCGCCGCCUCUGCGUCCGGCGGUUCCGGGUCGUCCGAGAAGCCCAAGCCGGUCGUGGCGGUCCCAGCGGGCAGCAUCCCGCCCUCGCCGCAGGAGACGGGCAUCACGGGGGGUGAGACCGUGGCGAGCCCCGUUGCGGUGGCUUCGCCUGUUGCCGGCAGUGGUGCGGCUACGCCUGUGUCGGCAACUGGCGCGUCCAUCGAUAAGAAGGCGAGUGCGGAUGUCCCUGCUACUGCUGCUGCUCCGGCUGAGUAG